CUAAAAAGUUACAUCAUGCGCGUGUUGUCGGAGAGGAAAAGUGCAGCAGAGGAAAUUUUCACCAAGUUUAUUCUUUAAUUUGUGGAAAAAUAGUUUAAAAGUAGCGGCUUUCGUUGUGGCAAAAACCAAUAUAAUAUAAUUGUUAGUUUGUAAAUUGUAAAAAUGCAUUAGCUUGCCUGCAGCCCCGAAAGUAAAAGGGUUCAUUUCGACUCGCGCUGCGACCAUGUCAGAGUCGAACCAGUUGUUUCUUUGAGUUGCCAAAAACAAAGUUCUGCUAGAUAAUCACGACGGUCUGAAGACAGCCUUUUUGCACCCGCUAGUGCGCGAUAUCCAAGUUUAGAAUUUUUCUGCAUCGCAAUAUUCAUAUGUUUACGCAUUGCUCAUACGUGUAAAGAAAAUGUUAAGUCAAAUCUUUUCUUUUCUCUAAAUUAUGUGUGUUAUUGUAGGACAAUAAUCGAAACAAAGCCCGAACACACUAGUACAUUUCUAAUCAGCUCUUUUUUGCUACUACUGCUAACUACUAUGCUCUUCGUUACCGUCACCAUAAUUUAAACGUAACCGUAUAAUCAAACGUGUUAUCUCGCGGAAAACAAAAAAUACAAUCGCGCAUCUAACGAUCGAAAAAAAAAUUGUGUUUAUAAUAAUACUUGUUACAAAACAAAUCUGGCGAUGGCCGCGUAUCUGAAUCGCACCCUAUCGAUGAUGACCGGUUCGAACGGGGCGGCUUCGGCGUAUGAAACGGCGGCACUGAUCGACGCCAACGCAUCGCCACGUGGACUACACACCGGACCCGGUGCCAUUGGACACAACGACGUUUCACCGCUGCAGAUUUUUGUGCGAGCCAAGAAAAAGAUCAAUGAUAUCUUUUGCGAAAUCGAGGACUACGUGGUGGAAACAACCGGAUUCAUCGAUGCUCUUCCUGCGAUAGUCGAAAUCGUCGACAAGGCGGAGGCAGAGAUGUUCAGAAGCUACGUGCUGAAGGUGUCUGGAAUCCGAGAGGUUUUAUCCCGAGAUCACAUGAAGGUGGCCUUCUUCGGGCGAACCUCCAACGGCAAAAGCUCCGUAAUCAAUGCUAUGUUGCGAGACAGAAUUUUACCGAGUGGAAUCGGACAUACGACCAACUGUUUCUGUCAGGUUGAGGGUAUCGAUGGAGAUGAAGCGUAUCUGGUGAAGGAAGGCUGUGAUGAAAAACUGAGUGUUAAGUCCGUCAAGCAGCUUGCUAAUGCCUUGUGCCAGGAAAAGCUCUCGGAAAGCUCGAUGGUGCGAAUAUUCUGGCCUCGCAAGCGCUGCAGUUUGCUACGGGACGAUGUAGUAUUUGUCGAUUCACCAGGGGUGGAUGUGUCGCCGAACCUGGACGAUUGGAUAGACAACCAUUGUCUGAAUGCGGACGUGUUUGUUCUAGUGCUGAACGCUGAAUCAACAAUGACCCUGGCUGAAAAAUCGUUUUUUCACGAAGUGUCUACUCGUUUGUCUAAGCCGAAUAUAUUUGUACUAAACAAUCGAUGGGACGCUUCUGCGUCGGAACCGGAAUUUCAAGAAUCGGUCAAAGCACAGCAUCAGGAGCGUUGUAUGGACUUUCUUGUGAAGGAACUAAAAGUGGCCACCCAGAAGGAAGCUGACGAACGCGUGUUCUUUGUGUCGGCCCGCGAAACACUUCAGGCGCGUCUGUUCGAGGCCGAAGGUAAACCGGCAAUAGGUGGUGCGUUGGCUGAUGGCUUUCAGAAUCGCUACUUCGAGUUUCAGGAUUUUGAGCGUAAGUUUGAGGAAUGCAUCUCCAAGAGUGCUGUGCGGACUAAAUUCGAGCAGCACAGUUUGCGUGGCAAGGGAAUCUCCAGUGAAAUGCGAUCGAUGCUGGACAGUAUCUAUGAACGGGCGAACGUUCUGCGAAACCAGAAAUUAGAACAAAAGAAAAAGUUAACCGACAGGAUUGCCAACACCGAGACACAGCUGAUGCAAGUGACGCGCGAAAUGAAAAUGAAGAUUCACAAUAUGGUCGAAGAGGUGGAACAAAAAGUAUCCAAAGCGUUAAACGAAGAGAUUUGGCGGCUGAAUAUCCUUGUCGAUGAGUUCAAUUUACCUUUCCACACUGAUGUGUUGGUGCUAAACGUUUACAAGAAAGAGAUAAAUGCGCACGUGGAAAAUGGACUUGGGUCAAACCUGAGGGCACGUCUCAGCACUGCACUGGCGAUGAACGUCGAAACUGCACAGCGUGAAAUGACUGACCGCAUGACGGCUUUGAUACCUUCGGAAAAAAUCGUUGCUCAUACUAACCACGUCGUGGCCAGAAGUCAACCCUUCGAAAUGCUCUACACACUGAACUGUCAAAAUUUGUGCGCUGAUUUCCAAGAGGAUUUGGAUUUCCAAUUUUCUUGGGGAAUUACGGCUUUCAUCGCGCGCUUCAAUGGAAAAAUGCGAGCUGGUAAUAGGAAAGCGAUAACUCACAACAGACAGAACAGCAACAUAAAUCCAUCACAGAUGAUGUCGCCAUCUUCACCGAUGUGUCUUAUGCCCGAAAACGAGUUAAUUACACAGGAGCAGCUAUCAGUGAUAUCGAAGGUAGCGAUUGCAUCGAUUGGCUCCCAGGGUACUCUUGGAUUGCUGGUAGCAGGAGUAUUGCUCAAAACCAUCGGUUGGCGAGUGAUUGUCGGAGCUGGCGUCCUUUACGGUAGUGUCUACUUGUACGAACGACUCUCCUGGACUAACGCAGCAAAGGAGAAAAGUUUCAAGAACCAGUAUGUCCAGCACGCAACCCGGAAGCUAAAGCUAAUCGUGGACUUGACUUCCGCCAAUUGCAGCCAUCAGGUUCAACAAGAAUUGUCUAGCACCUUUGCAAGGUUAUGUCGCGUGGUGGAUACAGCCACCACUGACAUGAACGCCGAAUUGAAGGAUAUUGAAAACUCAUUGGCAGUGAUCGAGACCAACCAGAAACAGAUCAAGGUGCUGAGCAAUAAGGCCAAUUUCAUCCAACGAGAACUGGAGAUUUUCGAUAGCAAUUACAUCAAAGAGAACUAGAAAAAAAGCAGGACUACCGAAAACGAGAAGAUACUAAUAUAUUAUAAUGUAGAAAACAUAGUCAUUACAGCAGAGCCGAAGAUCGAAUCUUUGUUAACAGAAAGUUUAACUUAAGUUGCUGUUAAAUGAAACAAUGUUAUUUUGCGUUUGUUUUAGAAAACAAAUUUUAUCUACAAUUUUUGUAUUCUCUGGUGUAUUUAUACCCUACUUCAAAGUUUUUCGGCACGGACAGAUAAGUGACAAAUGCCACAACUUGUUUGUAGAAUCUAUGAAUAAACAAGUCGGCAUUGAGAUAUCGAAUGAAAUUCAAGCAACUUAUAUAUGGGCAACAGUGAAUUCUACCUAACAAAACUGUUUAUGCGUGUAUUAUAAUAUAUUGUAAGAAUUUGUGAUGAAUACUAGUAGAAACGAAAACAAAUCUUUAUAGGUCAUUGGUCCCUUAACAUAGAAAAAAUAUUGUUUGAAGUCACAGUUUUCAGUCGUAUGAAUAAAGCGAAUCGAUCCACCAACAAUUCGAUAAAAUACGGUUGUAUAGAACCAAUAACUAAAAUUCAUCGUUAUACUGAUAUGGACACAGUACAGUAGUACGGAGUUUUUUUUGAAACCUAUGAAAUAAAAUGCUACUCCCGAACAAAUA